AUGCUUAGUAGUCCUACAAUUGGUAACUUUGAUAAUUUUUUAAUUAAGAAUUUUGGUCAUUUGAACCUGAUUCCAAAAGCUCUUCUAUGCACUCCCUUGAUUCAACUAGCAUGGCUAGAGGGUGCUAGGACUACUCCCUUCUACUUGCUAUUUUUUGACUACUCUUUUGUGAAAAAUCUAAGAAUUCCCUUUAAACAGCUCCAUAAAAAUUCUAUCAAUGGCAUGAGCCUUAAAAGGAAGCUUUAA